CACCAAAACAGUGCCUCGCCUCGCCUCGCCUCGUCUCGCGACCUUCUCACAGGGAGAUCAUUGGGCAACGUUGACUGAUCUUGUGGCCGAUAAUCAAGAGACUCCGAUCGAUAUCGCCCAUCGUUCAGAAUUGUGUACGUGACGCUCUAAAUAGACGUGCCGAUUGGUGAUCGGGAAACGGGACGAAACUAUAGAUCGCUCUAUUUACUCCGAUUUUACUCCGGGACAAUACUUAUCGUAAUGAGUUGCGAGCACGUGUGUGAUUUUCCGCAGUCUAGUCAGAGAUACGCGCAGUUUAAUCGUAUAUUUAAGAUUUCAUGCUAAUACCAAAAUAGAACUUAGAGCAGUUAAUAGUGAUCGUAGGUGCGUAAGUCGUCUCGGUAUAGGAAAAAAAAAAAUGAUCACCCCACGCGUUAAUCGUUAACAUAGUUAGAUAGUAAGAACUCGUAACAGUAAGAACUCUCUGCGUAAAUAAGCGGACAUUUCAUGCACGUCUCAAUACGUCUGUGAUUUCGAUCGUAAACAAAUUUUAUGUUUAUUCGCACGCGAACAUCAAAUAUUUAUCGUAGAUACGGGUGUUCGAUGUGACGACAGAAAAAAACCGAUAUUCAGCUUAGAGAUUUCUCAACGUCUAUUUGACUUGCUAAUUGAUAAGUGCCAGGGCUAAAAAAUAAUAGCGUUAUGAGUUUGUGAGAAUUUGAGAACGCGAUAUGUCACGAAUGGCGGCGACUUCCGAGGCCCAGGAGAAUUAUUGAGGCCCCAGGAGGGAAUGGAUUUUCAGAGCGCAAUGGACACCUUUGUAGAGGCAUGGAUGGCUGCUAACACGAAGACGGAUCAAGUACAGAGCCAAGCGUUGGCAUUGACGCACAAGGCCUCGCCACCAUCGAGACCAAGCAGCGUAUCCUCGUUACCGAGGAGCCCUCAGUCCCAUCAGUCCCAGCAGUCUCAGCCGCAGAACGCAUCUCAGCACCCGCCGGUGCAUCCACUGCAAUCGCAGACACCUCUCAGCACACCUCAGACACCGUUCUCCGCGCACAACCAGCACCCGAAGCAAGAAAUCAACGCAAGUCCCAAGCAGGAGGGUUUCGAUCUCAGUAAAUCUGCCUCCAGCACAGCGAAAAAUCUGCCGGUGCAUUGUGUGGUGGAGACGAUUCACAAUAUCGUGGAAAGCCAUGUAAGCAACAGCCGUGAAAAAUGGCGAAGUCCCCAAGUGGAAACGGACUCUUACGUUAUUAUUCCGGUAGCUAUGCCCUUUCAGGAUUUGGUGGGCGAGGCGCUUGUUCGUCUGGGUUACUCCAGCGAUCUGAUACCAAGUGCUAGAGGAAGUAUCGUUAUACGUAACUGGAAGCCUCUGCCGAUGGAAAAAGUCGCCGAUGGACCGCUACUGACAGUAGGAGAUAUUCUAGCCGAAUUGACAUCGGUGGCAACCCUGAAGAUUCAGGUGUACAGAUCCAGGCCACCACCUCCCAGUCCAGCAGCUGAAGUUAGAAAUAAAUUGCUGAGGCUGCUUCUGUUGCACAGCCAUACGCUUCUCGUCUCCGCCGGAUGCCCUUUGGACGAGAUGACCCUGCUAUCCCUCUGCCGAGGUGGCAACGACCUAUCGGAAGAGACAAAGAGAAAUUUCGAAACGUGGUUGCAGCAGCAACAGAUAGGUCUCGGUAUGAACCCAAUAGCACCCACUUCCAACCAUCAUCAUCACACGCAAAGUCCGCAGCCUGACAGCGGUGGCACGAUUGCCCCCGGCGGCGGUCCUAUAGGACCGCCGCAUCCGGCGCUUCUUCAGUAUUCGCACAAGACCAGGAUGAGGACCAGCUUCGACUCGGAGCUCGAGUUGCCGCGUUUGCAACGUUGGUUCGCUGAGAAUCAGCAUCCGUCGCGCGAACAGAUACAGCACUACGUUGCGGAAUUGAACUCCCUGGAGUCGCGCCGCGGCAGGAAACCACUGGACGCGAACAACGUCGUGUACUGGUUCAAGAAUGCCAGGGCGGCGCAGAAGAGAGCCAGCAUGAACGGCUGUAGUCCUCCCGGGCUCAGCCCGAGGGGCGCCAGCAUCGUCAGCGAGGACUGCACGGACGAAGAGGAGGACACUAGGCAUCAGUCGACAUCGGGGUCACCCUGCCCACCGAGCAGUCCACCCGUCGGUCCUCUGUCCUUGACCACAAGACCCGAGGAUCAGCAACAACCGCCGACGACGACUCCGUCCUCGGUAAAGCAGGAGGACGCGAGGGUGUCCUCCGGUUCCGAGGACGACGAGACCAGGCACACGGGCCCCAUUCCGCCAGGAUUUUCCCUGGUGCCCAGCCCCAUGUUCGGCCACGGUAUAAUGUACAUGUCGCAUUAUCUGCCGCCACGCGGACCGGCCGGUUGUCCCACCAGCAUGCUGGCCGAUGAGAGAAGGAAGAGAAACCGGACGUUCAUCGAUCCCGUGACGGAAGUGCCGAGAUUAGAGUAUUGGUUUAAGCGGAGCACUCAUCCAAGCCACGCGCUCAUUCUGUCGUACACGGAGGAGUUGAACAAGAUGCCGUAUCGCCAGAAGUUCCCGCGUCUGGAGCCGAAGAACGUGCAAUUCUGGUUCAAGAACCGCAGGGCCAAGAAUAAGCGGCUGAAGAUGGCUCUGUUCGAGGGCGAGUCGCCGCAACAGCAUCCAUAUCACGCCGACUAGUUAAUUUCCUUAAAUAACUAGGGACAGAAGCGCGAGUGAGGCGAAGCCUUCGCAGCACAAAAAAUAAAGGGAAAUCGUUAACCGACUUGUUACUCCUUACUAUCGUUGAUACGCGGCUUUAAACGCUUUACUUGGCCGCACAUUCAUUGUAAUUAUCACAUAACGAUUAAUAUAAUUAUUAUGGACUUUCAUGAGUGUAAAUACGAGAUGAUGUCGAAUAAAAGGUAUACGUCACGACAAAAUAA